AUGUGCGCGACUGGAAUGCAAGUGCGCUUGCGUGGACAUUUAGAUGACCAAGUCGUUUCUCAAACGCGUCUUGAUACUCGUAGCGAAAUGAUCUCUGUUGAAACUGAACAUUUUUCUAUUAAUCGAACUCUUCUGCUAGUACUUGGCUUAUGGCCUUAUGAGCGAUCAACACUUGUCCGACUCCAGACUAUCAUACUUUUUGCUAUACUGAUGAGUUUUAUAAUAUUUCAGACUACAGUCCUUCUAACUGCAGAAUGCACUUCCGAUCUUCUCAUAAAUGUUUUCUGCAGCACAUUAUUAUGCUGUGUUUUAUUGGUUAAUUUUCUUUCGUUCUGGAUUAAUAUGCGAACUGUAACAUGUUUAAUGGAAAGAUUACAGGAAAUUUGUAAUGAGUUGAAGGACGAGAAUGAAAUUGCAAUUAUAAAAAGAUAUGGUUAUCGAGCGAGACAAAUUACUAUUAUUCUUACACUGUUAUACACGUUCCCUGAAAUCGUAAUUAUUGCUCAGCCAAUUUGGCCACGCGUUCUUGGCAUUUUUUUGUUCCUGAACGAAUCUUUGUACCGUCGCAAAACGUUAAUCUUGACCGAGUACUUUGUCGAUCAAGAAAAAUAUUCUUACUUAAUCAUGUUGCAUACGAACAUAGCAGUUUUCAUAGGAACGUUUGCAAUGGUAGCAACAAAAACGCUGCUUCUGGUGUCUCUUAACCAUGCCUGUGGAAUGUUUAGUAUCGCCAGUUAUCGCAUAGAACGAGCAAUUACAAACAAUAAGCGAGAAAAUGUUAAUCUAAAAGACCAGAAUGUGAUUUUUAAGAGGAUGAUCUAUGCGGUAGACAUUCAUCGUAAAGCUAUGAAAUACUCCAGAUUUCUAAUAUCCAGCUUUGAGAGGACUUUCUUUCUUCUCAUUGCGUUAGGCGUCGUUAGCUUGAGUCUUAAUCUUUUUCGAGUCGUUCAGCUUGCAUCAUCCGGAAGUAAUAAAGAGGAACUUUUAUUUCGUUUCAUAUGUAUAAUUCUCAUUCUUAUAUAUAUGUUUUUCUGCAACGAAAUCGGACAGGAAAUUACCGAUCACAAUGAUCAAGUAUAUUUAACUGCAUACAAAGUGAUGUGGUAUGCAGCGCCCUUACAUGUGCAGAAACUAAUAUUGUUUCUGAUACAAAGAGGUAACAAAACUUUCGGGUUGCAUGUGGGUGGAUUAUUUACCUCAUCUUUACAGUGUUUUGCAACGUUGGCGAGUACAUCAGUAUCUUAUUUUACCGUAAUGUAUUCGACGCAACAGUGACGUAAAUACAUCAUUUAAUAGUACAUCGAAAUGUAGUAAGUGAGCGUGACAAGUUCUCUUCGUUAUAUUGUUAUUGGAAACUUUUAAUUCAUUCUGUAUAUUAUCUUUUUUAUAGUUCUUUUUAGUCGGUAGCAUAUAAUUUAUCAGGCA